CAGCAGUAGCAGCGGCAGCAGCAGCAGCAGCAGUGAGGACGACACGCUCUGCAGUCAAGAUGAGUGCUGGGGAUGUGGUCUGCACCGGCUGGCUCAUUAAAUCCCCUCCGGAGAAGAAACUAAAGAGAUUUGCAUGGAGGAAACGCUGGUUUGUGCUCAGGAGAGGUCGCAUGAGCGGUAACCCUGAUGUGCUGGAAUAUUAUCAAAGUAAGAACUCCAAAAAGCCAAUCCGCACCAUUGACCUGAAAGAGUGUGAGGUGGAGAUGCUGGAUGGGCAGCUCAGAAUAAAGCGAGACUUCCAUGAGAAGCACCUCUUUGUGGUGAAAACCUCAUCUCGUGUUUUUUACCUGGUGGCCAAAACUGAGGAGGAGAUGAACAGCUGGAUCAGUAGCAUCAGUCAAAUAUGCCAUUUUGGGAGCCUGGAGGAUGCAGAGAGCUCAGAAGAAGGCUUUCCUCACACCCCAACAUCCCUUCAGCCGUCUCCAGACAGCUCUGACAGAGUGUCUGUAUCAAGUCAACCAGAUUCCAGCCACCCACUGGACUAUCUCUUUCUCUCACAGUGUGAGACAGGGAGUGUAAGCACUAGUAGACAUGACAGCUUUUCGAACUCGGAGCUCUCUCUGGAGCAGAAGUCAUUAGACGAUGCCAUCAAGGACAUGGUUCCCUCACCUCUUUGCUCCGAGUCCUCUUCGGCCUUCAUCUCUCAUGCUGGCCACAGUCCAUGUGUUUUCACACAUGGAAGGUCAGCUAACCCUCCCUUGAGCGCUCCAUGCACCUCCAUGGCUUUCCCAUCGUCCUCCUCUUCUCCGCUGCGUCACUGUGCCACAAACGUCUUCCAGUUUGACAGUUAUUCUUCUUCUGCACCGUUUGAGACAACGAGUGACAGGCAAACGCCUCCUCCGCUGCCGCCUAAGCCUAACCACCUGUCAGAACAGCAAAGUGAAGAAGUACCUCACAGACUGACUGCAUGGAACUUCCCAAGCCAUGCUGCAUUAUUUCCUCGGAGAACCAGUUUUUCAAGCCUGGACCAUUUCAAAAUAGGAGAUGCUGACAGCAGAGCGAUGAGGAACAGAAGGCAGAGUCUUAACUUGCCUUGUUUAAAUACCACACGAGUUCAAAGCUACCAGGAUGAGUCAUAUGUGCCGAUGGCUUCUCCUAUUCCUCCUGGUGCCGCUGGUGAUUCUGAUGGUUAUAUACCCAUGAGCCCUGUGAGCUUCCUUAAUACAAACAGCAAAACCGAUACCCCUCCGACUCUCAGCCCACUAAUAUGUCAACCUAGAGAUUUCGCACCACCCCCAAUUCACCGGCAUCUCAAGCCAUGCAUGAGGAGAGCUCGACCUCCACCUCUUGACUUGAGAGGCCUCUCUACAAUCACAGAAUGUCCCACUCAUCUUCCUUUGAGGAGAACUAUAACUGAUGCAUGCUUUUCAAUGCACGGUCUACCUCUUGAAAGAAGACUUGAGAAUGGGGACAAUCCAAGAGGUGAAGACACAAACUGCACUGCAAUGGAGUCAAGGCAACAGUUCUUACUCACCUGUAAUGGAGCAGGUCAACCCUGGCUGAGACGAUCAAACCUUGACUAUUUGUCACUGGAUUUCAACUGUGCAUCUCCAUCUCCUGUGCAAAAGCAGAAGCCAUUUCUCUCUGAUGACUACAGAGUGGAUUACGUGCAGGUGGAUGAGAAGAAGACUCAGGCACUGCAAAACACCAAAAUGGAGUGGACAGAUGUUCGACAGUCAAAAACAUAACUGGAAAAUGCACAAUGAAAAUAUGAGGCACACUUUGUUUCAAGAAGACCAAUAUGGACUCAUAACACCAGCAAGGAGGACAGACGCGACAAGGACCAAAAGCAAUUAAGGAGCACUUUGAAAAACAGUAUUGAGAUGUUUGCAUCAUUGAAACACAAAAUUGCACUGUAAAACAAAACAAAAAUCAAUGAACUCUUAGCAGAUCUUUACUGUAAAUACUGCCGGAUUGAUCACUGUUCCCAAUGAUUUUUAAUGUAGCAUAAGGUUUCACCAAAUUUAUUUGAAAAGGGCAUCACAUUACUUCACUGUAAACAUUUGUGAGACUUGUUGUAAAUAUGUAAAAUAAUUAUAAUUGUAAAGAAGGAAAAUAUUUUGACGAUAAACAUUUUUAAAUAUUUCUCUCCCUCAUUAUCUAUCCAUCCACAUCAUCCACCCUGAAAAGAACGGCCUAUCUCACGCACAGAGGAGGAGUAAUACUUGCUGCCACGUCCCAGACUGCUGGCAGAUACUGUAAAUAAGUGGCACAAACAUUACUUUAAGGGCAGUACUGUGUUCACAUCAGGUAUCACAGAUUCUGAUGUUCUACUUUUGCCAUCUUAAAGUUUGUAAGCUGGAAACUUUAACAUGAAGAUGUAAACUUUGUUGAUACAGCAAAAC